GCGACAUGUCUGAGCGUGCGGGGUCCAGGUCCGGAUCGGGGAUGCCGAGGCCCGGCGCGGCACGUCCCAUCGGGGCGGAGGCUCUGGUGGCCCUGCUGGAGGGGGGGCUGGACCGGGUGGUGCUGAUCGACAGCCGGCCCUUCGUGGACUACAACGCCUCCCACAUCCUGGAGGCGGUGAACGUGAACUGCUCCAAGCUGAUGAAGAGGCGGCUGCAGCAGGACAAGGUGCAGAUCGCUGAGCUGCUGCAGCAUUCAGCCAAGAAGAAGUUGGAGCUGCAGGCCGAUCAGGAGGUCGUCGUGUACGAUCAGAGCUCUACGGAUCCGGCCGCUCUCAGCUCCGAGUCCUUCCUCGGUGUCCUGCUGGUUAAGCUGGAGAGGAGCUUCCCCUCGGUACACCUGCUCUCAGGUGGGUUCUCCGAGUUCUCGCACCUGUUUCCUGGUCUCUGUGAGGGGAAGUCCACGCUGGUUCCCUCCUGCAUCUCUCAGCCCUGCCUGCCCAUCACCAACGUCGGGCCGACCCGUAUCCUGCCUCACCUGUACCUGGGCUGCCAGAGGGACGUCCUCAACAAGGAUCUGAUGCAGCAGAACGACAUCGCCUACGUCCUGAACGCCAGCAACACCUGCCCCAAACCAGACUUCAUCCCAGAGUCGCACUUCCUCAGAGUCCCCGUCAACGACUCCUUCUGCGAGAAGAUCCUGCCGUGGUUGGACCGAUCGGUGGAGUUCAUAGAGAAGGCCAAAGCCUCCAACUCCCGAGUCCUGGUCCACUGCCUGGCUGGAAUCUCCCGCUCGGCCACCAUCGCCAUCGCCUACAUCAUGAAGAGGAUGGACAUGUCGCUGGACGAGGCGUACAGGUUCGUGAAGGAGAAGCGGCCGACCAUCUCGCCAAACUUCAACUUCCUGGGUCAGCUGCUGGACUUUGAGAAGAAGAUAAAAAGUCCUCCUGGUACCGAGACCAAACCGAAGCCCCUCCAUUCUCCGGAGCCCAGCGGUGAGUCGACCAUUCAGCCCGAGGACCCGGUCCCGGCGCCUGGCGUGGCACUGCUGGAACCUCUCACCCUGCCGUGCGUUUUAGCCGACGCCCCCGAGGAGCGCCUGCUGGCUCAGGCUCUGAGUGGCCUGCAGCUCGCCGACGGCUCUGAAGACAGCGCCCGGCUGAAGCGCUCCUUCUCUCUGGACAUCAAGUCAUACGGCGAGCCCGGCGGGAGUGCUGCUCACCGAGUGUUCGCACCUCACAGCGGGUCAGGGGACACCGGUGACUUUUACAAGCCAUCAUCCUUUAAAGAGACGACCAGUAAACCGUGCCAGUUCUCACCAGUGGAGGAGGUGUCGGAGCAGUCCACGCCGGAGCAGAGCCCUGACAAGGAGGAGGCGGACAGCCCGCAGCGAACCGCGCCGCCAGCCUCCAACAGCUUCACCAAACCUCCGCCUGCCGCUCCAACCAACUGUCCUCACCCACUGCACCGGAGCGGCAGCAUGGAGGAGAACGCCACCAGCUUCCUGUUUGGCCUCUCCCGCAGCCAGCAGCACCUCGCGAAACCGGGAGGCGGCACCGCUCUGAAAGGCUGGCACUCGGACAUCCUGCUGGGGCCCGUCACAGUCUCCACUUCCUCUCUGGCUGGCGGUUGGUACCUCUCUUCGGAGUCGACGCGCUUCUACUCCACAUCGGCCAUCCUGAGCGGCGGCGGCUUCACGGCUUACAGCUGCAGCCACGGAUUGGAGGCGGUACGGCGGCGACAGCGGACAUGUGACCGCGGGGACUCGAGGAGGAGCUGGCAUGAAGAAAGCAGCUUCGAGAAGCAGCUGAAGCGGCGCAGCUGCCAGAUGGAGUUUGGAGACGGAAUGACGGACAGCCGCUCCAGAGAGGAAAUGGGGACGGCGGGGAGUCAGUCGAGCUUCUCGGGUAGCAUGGAGGUCAUUGAGGUGUCGUGAGGCCGAGUUCACACACCAUCAGGAGGGUGCCGAAGCUGCUGCAGCUUCCAGCUGCUCAAGGAAAAUGUGCAGCACACAUCGGCGGCGCUGCUGUGCGUCACGGGGGGAGGGCGAGGAGCCACAGUCUGCAGUGUUUUUAAAUCCAGAUUAAAAUCAAACCAGGUGAUAAAUAAAUCACAGAAUAUACGUUUGCAGCAAGGAGUGCGAAUCUGAGAGGGAGGAGCCUCUCACCACUCCGCAGCCAACUUGGUAACGCCUCCAGGCAGUUAGCUUUAAUCUCAUUGGUGACCGUCAUGAGUCGUAAUUGGAUCCUGUGGCGGGCCGGUUCUGGCCCCCCGGACCAUAUGUUUGACAUCACAUUGGUCAGGUGGCAUAAAUGCGCCUCAGACCUGUCUGAUGAUGAUGCGUCACAGUAACUCCCCAAUAAGUGCCUUUAACUGUUUCCAGAUGGCUGCGGAGCGGUGAAGGAGUCUAUGACCGAUGGGGAGGGGCUCACAACAGUGCUGCAGCUUUAAGGGGGCGUGUCCAGAGCAUGAUGUAAACUCAGUGUUUUUAUAGGGUUAAAGCUUCAUGUGACCUCUGACCCUGACUGAUCCUGGUACAUGUGCAGGAAGAAGCAGAGUGAACUCGUUAAAGGGUGGAAGCGCCACUCAGACAGUUAAAAACAGGAAGUGCUGGGGCGCCUGGGUGGCUUAGUGGUGAAGCCGGCGACCACAUACAUAUGCCGCGGGCAGCGCGGGUUUGCGUCCCGGCCUGUCGCCAAUUUGCCCGCGUGUCUUCCCCUGUAUCUUUCCCCCAUUUCCUGUCUCUCUCCACUGCUAACAAAAGCUGCUGUGGCCAAAAAAAACAGGAAGUGCUGUCACAUGAAGCAUGUCCAAUCAGAGAGCAGAAAUCAGCUCUGAUUGUUCGUUCGCCGCUGCCUGAGGGACUCGCACCCUUAAGGUAGAAACUUUAUUUUAUCGUUUUAAUGAAGUCGUGAUUGAAAACUGUCACUGUAGUAAUCAAUAAGACCACCAGGGGGCAGUGCUCACUACAGGCUGUCAGCUUUGGGACGAUUUUUUCUGAUUUCUGACCUUGUAAUAGACACAGUGAUUGGUUGAUGUGGAAAUUAAUCAGCACAUUGAUUGAUGACAAGCGUUGGAGGAGUCGCCGAUGUGUGUUGCUGCUGUGACUUUGUGAAGACUCGGAGCCUUCGGAGCAAUCUGAUCGACCUGAUCAAUGACAGGAAGUGAAACAAACCUGCCGUUUCUCUCAGAGAAGGGGGGGGGGGGGGGUGAAGGAGCUCGUUGGCAGGUAAACUCUCAGGUGUCCUCUGAGGCCAAUCAGAGAAUUAUGGCCUCACCUGGACGGACAGCAGGUCAUGUGAUCACAGACGUAUUCACAGGUAAUCUUGCACUACUGUGGUGUGGAGGUUUGAUUCAAAGUGUAUGAAAAAUAAAACCAAUUUUUCAAA